AUUUAAUACCGCCAGCUUAUUAAUCAUAGCUAACAGACAAUUGUCUUGAUUAAUGCACAGCAUCCUCCGCUCAUCACGAUCCUGAGCAACAACAAUCGCCUCCGGUUUCAUUCAACAAGACCAGCCACCGCCGAAGUUGAGCAUUGAAAGAAACAUAUAAUUGCAUAAUUAAUUAUCCAGCAAUUGUUGCCGACAACUCCAGCCAGCCGUCAUCACAACCACCAAUUUUACCCGGGCCCGUUCUCACAUAAUUAUAAUUAAGCUCUCCUAGUUUUCUCAAAUCAGCAGAAGCCAAGGGGGGAAAAAAUGGCUCCCCCAUCCACAUCCUCCCUCUCCUCCCUCCCACCGCCCCCGCCAGUUCCCAACGUGCAGUUGUCACUCCCAUCCCCACACGUCCUGCUCGUCACUCUCGACCGCCCGCGCGCCCUCAACGCCAUCCCCGCCGCCCAGAACCAGGCCAUGGCCGCGCUCUGGGCCUGGUACGACGCCCAGCCGCAGCUGCGGUGCGCCGUCCUCACGGGCGGGGACGGCCGCGCGUUCUGCGCGGGCGCGGACCUGCGCGAGUGGGACCAGCGACAUACCGCUGAUGACGAGAACAACAACAACAACAACAACAACGAGAACAACACCGCGAGCGACCGCCAGGCGGUGGACAAGGCCUGGGAGGCGGCGCGGGCCCGGGAGCUGUGGACGCGGGAGGGGUUCGGCGGGCUGUCGAACCGGGCGGGCAAGAAGCCGGUGAUCGCGGCGGUGAACGGGCUGUGCCUGGGCGGCGGGAUGGAGAUGGUGGUCAACUGCGACCUGGUGGUGGCCGACGGCGCGCGGGCCCGCUUCGGGCUGCCCGAGGUCGGCAAGGGCGUCGUCGCGGUCGCGGGCGCGCUGCCCCGGCUGGUCCGCACCAUGGGCCGGCAGCGGGCGGCCGAGAUGGCGCUGCUGGGGCGGAUCGGCUACACGGCCGAGCAGAUGCGCGACUGGGGCAUCGUCAACUUCGUCGUCGGCGAGGGUAAGGCCGUCCAGGAGGCGGUCAAGAUCGCCGAGGAGAUCGCGAACAACUCGCCCGACGCCGUCAUCGCCUCCAGGGAGGGACUGCGGCUCGGGUGGGAGCCCCUGGGCCCCCAGCUGGGGACCGAGGUGCUGGAGAAGGGCGUGUAUGGCAGGAUCGACGGCGGCGAGAACAUGAAGGAGGGUCUCAGGAGCUUCGUCGAGAAGCGGAAGCCGGUUUGGAAGGAUAGCAAGCUAUGAUCGGUAUUUUCACAUUUGAACUGCUCUUUUCGUGUAUCUCUCUGUUUAGACUAAUUAUAUGUGCUGCGUCGGGGUGUUUACCGUCGAACAAGGUGAGAUUGUCUAAUUACCUGCAACUACCUAGACAACUCUUCCCCACUCAGCUCGGUGUCUCUUGCGCCAGACUGUAUCUUCCUUAUCGUCCAUACAAACUAAACACAGACGUGGGCGUGGAAUGGUCUGCUUGUAACGACGUCAAUUGAUG